AUGAAAUAUGAUUGGUUUAACAACAAUACUAAUAAUACCAAUAAUAAUAAUAAUAAUAAUGUCAAUAUCAAAAAUACCAAGAAGCUAUCUCAGGCUGAAAAGAAAGAUGGGUUUUUGGAAGAACAAGGUUUUGAUGAUAUUGGUAAAAAUGGAAGAAGAAGAAGAAGAAGAAGAAGAAAAAGAAGUGGGUCUAAUGUGUCUCAUCAGAAGAUUAUUAGUCAACAACAACAACAACAACAAGAAGGACCCUUUAAUCUCAAGAGUAAUUUGAAGAAAACAGUGGUGAAUAAGAAUAAUCAAUCAUCAAAGUUAGAAGAAGAAGAAGAAGAAGCAAAGAUAGAAAAGAGGAAAGUUACUUGGCCUGAUGCUCAUGGAGAUGAUAUUGCUCAUGUUCAGGAAUUUGAGCCAAGGUAA